UGUGUUUUCUGUUGAGGGGCAGUCAUGUUUCUCCAGUAUAACCUCAACGAGCAGGGCGAGCACAUCUAUACUCUAAAGAAAUUUGACCCCAUGGGGCAACAGACUUGCUCUGCCCAUCCUGCUCGGUUCUCCCCAGAUGACAAAUACUCAAGACACCAAGAUGCCCUAAAAAAAAAGAAAAGGGUGCUCAUGACCCAGCAACCACGACCUGUCCUCUGA